ACAAUUCUACGAAAUGAUAAUCUCUUUUUUAGUAGUUUGGUUGUUAUUUUAUUUGUCUGAUUAGAUUGUUAGUUUUUUGUAUUUUUAUGAAUACUCUCAAAUUUUUAAAUAGAAGAAAGAAUUAAAUAAUUAAAGAAAAAAAGAUAAUAUCGAAAUUAAUAUUUUAACUUAAAGAAAAAGGUUAUCAACGAAACUUAAAAGAAUAGCUUUUAUAUUAGGUAAAGAAAGAAUCAUAAAAAUUGCUAAAGUAGAUUAAGCCAUCUAAAAUAAUAAGAAAUAGUGUAAAAUGGAAGAUAUUGUUGACUUUCGUACUGAAGGUACUUUUUAAGGAUAGGAUUAUAUUGUUAUUAUAAAGGCAUUCAACGAACAACUGCAAAUUCAUUUAGAAAGUAAAUACGAGCCUGUUUGGUGGAAUAAUACUUUCACUGCUAGCUAUUUAGAAGAUCUUACUCAGAAAACAGGAAUUCGCAGAAAAUUUAAUGAGUUUGUAGAAGCAGUAGUUCAUGGAUUGUCCAAAAGAACAGAAUCUAGCAACGUUGAUAUUUUGACUUUCUAAGAUUUAGAAAAUAUGAGAAAUGGUAUCCCAACUGCUUCUUAAAGCUAGUAGCAAUCAGGAGGUAAAAAUACUUCUUUGACUUCUUCAAGCAGUAGUGGAUUAAGCAGUGCUUCUAAAAAGAGCUCCAAUAAUAAGCGUUACAUUAUAGUUACAACUGAAGUCAAUGGAGAAAGAGUUCAUUAUCCCUUAAGCUUAAACUUGGAUGACAUAGAUAAUGUUGACGUUCUAAAGCAACAAAUUCGUAAAAUGAAACUUGAAGUUGAAGAACUAAAAGAAAAAUCAAUCAGAGGAUUUAGUGAAAUGGAUGGUGCAUAAAGUUCAAAAGGAAGCUUUAGUACAAGCAAAGGAAAUGUACACAUAAUGCCUGGAGGCUUCUUCUUAACUGACAAUAAUACCAAUUCUUAAAAUCUAGGAGGAUUAGAUCGAAAGAACAGCACUCAGAACUCGCUCAACACCACCCAGUAAAGCGUUGUUGAUUAGCUUAAAAGUGAGAAUGAAAUGCUGAAAACAAAAAUUAAAAGAAUAGAAGAAAGUAGCUUGUAAAAGAAAGGUGCUGUCGAGUUAGACAAUAUAGUGAAGACUAAAUAUGAGUUAGAAGAAGAACUCGAAAUGGUUCGUAAGGAAAGCCAGUAAACAAUUGAGCGCCUCAAAGUGUCUUUAGAAGAAAAGGAAGAAGAGCUUCUAAGAAGUAGAACAUAGUUUUUAAGUUUUUAGAAAGAAAUUACUCUCAGCCAGUCAUAAAUCCUAAAAGGUGGCUCUGAAGCAGAUGAAAGCACUCGCCGCUUAAGAGAGUUUAUAGUGAAACUGACAGAAUAAACUGAAAAUGAAGUUCUCAACUCUCGUAAAGUGAUUCAAAAGCAAUCCAAGGAAAUUGAAAAAUCAGCUAGUGAGAUUGAUUUCUUUAAGUAAAAUGAUCGCAAGCAAAAACAACGUAUCAAAUAAUUAGAAAUUGAACUUGAAUCUGCUAUUAAAAGAGUCUCCACUAAAGGUACAACAGACCGCUUAUAUUCUCCAUAUACAAGAAACACACCUGGAAGUAGCGCUUCUAAUACAAGUAAUCGUAGAGCAACAAGUGUUCCUACUAAAGGAUAUUCUCCAUCUAACAGAACCACUCCUACAUCUACAACAAAUAAUUAAAAUAAAUACGGUUAGAGAAAUGCAAGUAAUUCAGCAGGUUCUAGAACUGGUAUAUCGCCAUCAUAUUAGUUUAAUGCUAAGAAAACACCAACUACUACAUCAGCAACUUAAAUUUAAAAUAGAAGUCCAGGAGUGACAGGAAAUCGCUAUGGUUCAGGAAGCAACACUUAAGGCCUCAAUUAUAGAAGAAACUCACCUUCAGGAGGUACAUAAUCAACUACAAAUACUUCUAAUCGUUACGGGUCUUAGACUAAUCAAACUAACUCUGCAACAAAUAUUUAAAGUAACUCAAGAAAUAGAUACAAUGGUAGUGGAGGAAUAAGUGGAAUAACAGGUACAUAAACAGGAACAACUGCAAGUGCCUCAUAAAGGUAAUUUGGAACAAAUAAAACAAAUAACACAGCUACUUCUAAUAGAUUAACCAACUCUAACAAGGGUUUAUCACCAAAACCAAAUGCUGUUAAUGCAACCAGAUAAAGUCCUUCUAGUUAGAGAUUAAAUGGAAACCCUACUAUGUAAAGGACAAACAGCAAUUCUAGGCUAUCCCCUGCUUCCAGAUACAAUCUUACUAAUAACAACAAUAAAACAGGUAAUAAUAAACAAAGCCCAGGAACUCGCAUAAAUAACUACCUUUCUUCAAACGAUUAAAAAUUAAUGAAAAAAAUAGAUGAUAUGCAAGGAAAUAAAGUAGGAAAUAAUAGUGGCACUAAUAAUACCAAUAACUUAAUUAAGGAAUAUCAAGAUGUUAAAGUUGAUUCUGCUCCUAAUAGAAUAGAUGAAAUUGAUUAAAGAUUAAACAAAUUGCAAAAUUUAUUAAAAAUGGCUAAAAAUUGAAUUACUCUCAAUUCUCAAUAGAUUUAUUAACAUCAAAAAAGUUAGAAAAUUUGCCAAACAAACAGAAUAACUAAUUAAUUAAUUAAUGACAUGAAAAUAUAUUUUUUAUUAUUAUUAAAUGUUCUUUUACUAUAAAUUAUAUAUAUUUUUUAUUCUAAUUAAAUGUACUUUUACAAUAAAAUAGUGUUUAUUUUUUUAUAAAAAAUGCAGUUUAAUACAAAAA